AUGGGCAGUAGUAGUAAACAAGAUAAAGUAGGAAAGCGCUCAAACGUCGAACGUGAUAGAGCUAUACUAAACAUCACGAAUGCAAUAAAGCGUAAACGCCUGGCGCUUAAGUUAGGCCAGAAACGCGAUGACGCGCUUAUAGCUAAACUACACCGACCGUUAAGCGAUACAUUGAAGGAUAUAUCCAAAAAAUUGGAUGAUGUAAAGGUAUCGAUAAAAUCGCAUCGAAAGCCUCAACAGAAAACAGUUAAAGGUGAAAUUAAAGAGAUAAAGUUUAGUGAUGAAUAUGUUGAUAAAUUUGAGGUUAAAAGUCCGAACGUAAUUCCUAAGGGCUCGCAAAUGAUUGAAAAUUUGGAAGCUGCUGAUGUAUCAAAAUCUCCUUCAACCUCGGCGUUGACGAAACCUGACGCCAAAUUAGAGCGUAUACCUAUUGGAAGGUUACCCGUUGGAAUUAAAAAUUUAUAUUAUAUGUACGGCAAACGGGAUUCAAUUGAUCUUAGAAUGGGUAUAAGGUACGAUUCUAAAACCGAUGGAUGGAUCGGUUCAAAACCUGUUGAAUUUACCGACGCCCACAUAUCACUUGACGGCGGUAAAUUAAAUAUUCCAACCAGCUCGGGUUUAUAUGAGCUCAUACAAUUGAAAGCGCCUAAAAAUUUUACGGAAGAGGAUCUUCGCAAGUAUAAAGAAAUCCUAACGUUUACGGGAGCCCAUAAACAGAACUAUACCGGACCUAUAGCGAGUAAUCGUUCUGAAAAAUAUAUUAGAAUAAUUAAACCGCUAUUUAAUAGCGCGGGUGAAACCGCGGGGUCAGCUCUAGAGGUCAAUUCCAAUCGGAUUCAGUAUAAAUACUGGGAUGAUGUUAACGAAUUGGUAGAUCGAUUGAGAUUGUUGCACGCAUCGUAUGCGGCCGGAAAUAAUUCGCACAGAAACGAAAUUGCGUAUAUUGUAGAGGAGCUUAAAGAAAUCAACGUUAUCAAAUAA